GGAGGCCGUAACUCUGUCCAGAGCCCUCAACAUUAACUUAAAACCAGCCGAAGUGGCUGUCUGUCAUUGAGCCGUCGUCAUGUCCGCGCUUAUUGGGUGAACCGGCUCUUCCAUCUUCCUCUCGACAUGCCACUAUCGUCGUCAGGUAUGGCUCGACCGUCCAUCGCCGAUUUGGAGGCAGCUGCGCUCUCUGUCAUCCACCUCCUACAGGGUGUGGCUGAGCUCGCCAACGUCCGGGUUGCUCUAGUGGGUGAUCUGGCCCUGAGGAAGUAUCUCGCAGAGCCGAGGCCUUCCGAGAGUAUAGAGUUCGUCAUCAACAAGGCGUCCCCAGGGUCAGUGAAGAAGGCCCUUUUGUCUCGUGCUCACGGGCAAAAGACCAUCGUUGAGAAAGGUCAGGGCGUUUUCUACAGACAUCCUACGGGUUGGGCAGUAGAAGUGAAGAUCACACCUGAGUGGCUUUGCCCUUACUUACCCGGCUCGGCUCAACCUCUCGGCGACAUCAAGGAGUUGCCGUACAUAUCUCUGCCGGACCUCGUCGUCUUCAAAGCCGACGCCUGCGGUCUUCAUGAAUCGGAUGCUAGCAAGCAGAGGGAGGCCCGGGACGCCUGUGCGCUUCUAGAGCUUGCCUCAGAGCACUCGGCUCUGAAACUAGAAGAAGAAAAGUUGCAGAAAAUAGAGGAGGCCCUCGACACGCUCGAAGAGUACUCGCCGCCAUGUUACGACAGACGAUGGUGGGAGAGAAGACUAGGCAAGCAAGGCGACAAGCGGCGCUCGGCCCAAGACAUUCUAUCAGAGCUUGGCGAAGGCUUGCGUCUCGAAGACGAGAACCGGCGCGCAAUGCGACGGUCGAGUAUCUUCUCCCUCAACAACACGCGGGGCUCCGAUACAUCGAUCAGCUCUGCAUCUUCGAUAUCGUCGCAGAAUACUACGCCUUUAUCCUCGCCGCCCCUCAAAAUGCGGCCAAGAAAGAUGAGCGUGAGCGGAACGUACCCGCGACCACGCAGACACACACAGGUAGCUACCGACCAGCCGCCUCUGUCGCCACUGGAACACUAUCCCGACAUACACCGGCUACACGCCGAAUCGAUUGAUGUCCGCGGGCGAAGCUCGCCAGGUAUUUCCUUAAUGAGAUUUCCGGGAAAGGGGGCUUGAACAUGGGGGCGGGUAAUGCGCGACCGGUUUAUGAGGUUUAGACUAAAAGUUGUUUGCAUUUGAUAUACCCCCAUAGAAUAUUGCUUUGGAUAUAUAUUA